AUGGCUACCAUUUUAAUUGUUGAUGAUGAAAAGAAUAUCCGAGAAGGUCUUAAUCAGUCUUUAAUGAGCAAUGGUUUCAAAACCCUGAUGGCUAACAACGGUCAAGAUGGUCUUUUCAUGAUUAUGAAUGAAUCGGUGGAUUUAGCCAUUCUAGACAUUCAGAUGCCGAAAACCAAUGGCAUUGAUUUAUUUAAAAAAAUCAUUACACUUGAAAAGGACAUCCCUGUUAUUUUCAUCACGGGUCAUGGCAGUGUAGAACUUGCUGUCGAUGCCAUGCGUUUAGGGGCCUAUGAUUUCAUCACCAAGCCGAUUAAUCUAGAGAAAUUAGAACUCAUUGUCCAAAGAGCACUUAAGCAAAAGAAUAUUGAAAAAGAGAAUCAAACUUUAAUUGUCAAGCUGAAUGCCUAUGAAAUGCACAAAAGCAUCAUCGGUGAAUCGAAGGCGAUCAAGCAUUUAACAGGGGUGAUUGAACGGGUGGCACCUUCAAAGGCGAAUGUCUACAUUUGCGGAGAAAGUGGAACUGGCAAGGAAUUGGUUUGUGACGCCAUUCACUCAAUUUCUGGCAGAAAUCAACCUUUAGUCAAAGUCAACUGUGCAGCACUCUCACCCACUCUGCUGGAAAGUGAACUUUUCGGGCAUGUCAAGGGAGCUUUUACAGGCGCCGAUAGCCACAAAGUUGGUAGAUUUGAGCAAGCUAAUCACGGAAUACUUUUUCUUGAUGAAAUUAGUGAGGUGCCUACGAAUAUUCAAGUUAAACUCCUUCGAGUACUCCAAGAAAAAGAAAUUGAGAGGGUUGGAAGUGGACAACCUAUUCCUUUGGAUAUACGUAUUAUUUCGGCAUCUAAUAAAGACCUUAAAAAGGAAGUGGAAAAAGGAAAUUUUCGUGAGGACUUUUUUUAUCGCCUGAAUGUCAUUGACAUCUAUGUCCCCCCGCUUCGUGAAAGGGAGAAAGAUGUCAUACUUUUAGCAAGCCAUUUUUUUAAGACUUUUUGCAAAGCCAAUAAAAAACACUUGGAUGUUACACCUCAGUUUUUUUCAGCUUUGGAUAAUUAUCAUUGGCCAGGGAACAUCCGUCAACUUUCAAAUGUAAUUGAAAAAGUUGUUGUCCUCAACCAAACCGGCAAAGUCACGAUUAAAGACCUCCCUGCCGAGAUCAAAAAGGACAUUAAGGUUAAAGAGACUAUUGAAAUCACACUUGGACAAACUCUUGAAGAAAUAGAAAAAAAAGUAAUUGAUGAAACGAUUCGUUAUUGCAAUGGAAAUAAAAGCGAAGCAGCUAAGGUCUUAGGUAUUGGUAGGAAGACACUUUAUAGAAACAGUUAA